CGGGCCGUCUCACGGUCCUGGAUUAGUCUACUUCAUAGUUCAUCAGUCUAACAAGUGGAUUCCGUGAAAGAACGUGAUGACUCUCGUACUAACUGUGCUGCUAACGGCAGUGUAUGCCGUAGUUUUCGUAAAAAUAGUUAAAUGGCUUUACAAAUAUUAUGCGUUUGCUAAAAUCAUUGACAAAAUACCUGGACCCAAAGCCUACCCUUUAAUCGGGAACACGCUUAGUUUUAGAAAAGUUAAACACGAAGAUCGCUAUGAAUGGGUACGUGAAAUGUGUAAGCAGUAUGAUGAAGGAAUAUUUCGUACUUGGCUUGGAACUAUGACCAGCGUUCAUUUCACUUCGCCAGAAACUGUCAGCACCGUCUUGGCUAGUAGGACGCUAAUUACCAAAUCGCCCAUAUACGAUUUCAUUCACCCGUGGCUGGGUACAGGACUACUAACUUCUACGGGAGAUCAGUGGCAUCAGCAGAGAAAAUUAAUCACGCCAACCUUCCAUUUCAAUAUACUGGAAGAAUAUUCUGUAGUAAUGUUUGAAAAGGCGGAAAUUUUGAAGGAAUGCAUCGAAUCAGAACUCAAAAAUAAUCCAAAUAAACCAAUCGAGAUGUUUGAUUUUCUAACAAGAUGUGCACUGGAUAUAAUCUGUGAAGCAGCAAUGGGAGUCAACAUCAAAGCUCAAACAGACCGGGAUGCUGAGUAUUCCACAGCUUUGCAUAGAAUUACCACCCAAGCUGUUAAGAGAAUUUUCCGACCUUUGCUACACUAUGACUGGUUGUACUAUCACACUCAGCGUGGAAAAGAAUUCAAACGUACUAUUGAAACAGCACACAAAUUUACAAAACAGGUAAUAAGUGAAAAAAGACUUGCCCGACAAAAUCGACAGCAAGACAACGCUGAUGAAAAUAGCGAGUGCGAAAAACCAAAACGGCAAGCAUUUUUAGACCACUUAUUAGAUGCGUGUGACCGUGAAAAGAUGCCUCUCACGGACGAGGAGUUAAGAGAACAAGUAGACACCUUUCUGUUUGCGGGUCACGACACGUCAUCUGCCAGUAUGAGCUGGGCUCUUUUCUGCAUCGGCAAUAAUCCGGACGUCGAAGAGAAAAUCCACGAGGAACAUCUGCGUAUCUUUGGGGAAUCGAGAGAACCGGCAACGCUUCGCCAAAUUAAUGAACUUAAAUAUCUUGAAAGAGUGAUAAAAGAAACCCUGAGGCUGUUUCCAUCUGCACCGUCAGUGGGACGAAAAGUAACCGAAGACUUGGAAAUUGCUGGAUAUAAAAUCCCAAAGAACGCCAUCGCUAGUGUUCAAAUACACUACAUUCAUCGGAAUCCGAAACAUUGGCCAAAUCCGGAUAGAUUCGAUCCGGACAGAUUUUUACCGGAAAAUUCUCAAGGACGACAUCCGUACGCGUACAUACCCUUCAGUGCCGGACCGAGAAACUGUAUUGGACAAAAGUUCUCUCUCUUGGAACAAAAGAUUGUAUUAACUGCGAUAUUAAGAGAGUGGAAAGUCAAGAGCGCUCUGAAAUAUGAGGAGGCGAAGUGCUAUAAUGAUUUCAUUCUAAGGCCACAACAAGGAAUCAAGAUUUACUUAACUCACAAAUAGCAAUCUGAAGUUCUACCAUGAAUUUAAAUCUGAUGUAUUACACAUUGUCGUGUUGUAAAUGUAAAAAAAAAGUAGAAUUAACCCCUCGAAAGUACCUCUGGUGCACAAACCUUGCGUCAAGUACAUUGAAAUAGAAACUAACAACAAAAAUUCACUUUGCAACUGAAACGCCACAUAUCACUCAAAUGACGAUUUACAUUCAAAUAAAUACCAGCAACAAUACCCUUGCC